GUUUCCCAAUCAAUGGUGUUGCAAUGGGAAAUGAGGGCGGAUCCUGGGAUACUCCCCAAGUAUUUAACUGGGAUGCACCAAAUGUUCAGUGAAGCUUCAAGGGCAGCAUCAUUUCAAGGUUCUGCAUAAUGAAGUUCACCUUGUUUCUGGGCUUUGUGGUGGGGCCUAUUCUGAUUGUAGCCUCUGACUACACAUUCAGAUCAACUCUAGAUGAAGAAUGGAAGAACUGGAAAUUACAGUACAAUAAGCACUAUGCAAAGGACGAGGAGAUCAACAGGAGAAUGAUUUGGGAAAAUGCCAUGAGCUACAUUGAACAGCACAAUCGAGAGUAUGCAAUGGGGAAGCACACAUUUACUGUGGCAAUGAACCAGUUUGGAGAUCUGACCAAUAAAGAGUUCAAUAAACUCAUGAAUGGUUUCCUCGGAAGUAAAGCUGAAAACUCAACAGAGGAAGAAGUUGAAGAAUCCCAUGAGCUUGAUGAUGAUGAAAGUGAAGAUGUUUCCAAACUUCCAAGUUGUGUUGACUGGAGGAAAAAGGGUCUGGUUACAGAUGUCAAGGACCAGGGACAAUGUGGCUCCUGCUGGGCCUUCAGUGCAACUGGAGCCCUCGAGGGGCAGUGGGCAAAAAAAAAGAAGCAACUUAUCUCCCUGAGUGAACAGAACUUGCUGGAUUGUGACACUAGUUCUUUUGGAUGCAGAGGCGGGUAUAUGGAUAGUGCCUUCAGAACUAUAAAGCAACUUGGUGGCAUAGAGUCAGCAAGUACUUAUCCCUACACUGGAUAUCAAGGAGUCUGCAGAUUUCAGGAAAACAACAUUGUUGCCAUGAUCAGGAAAUAUCGCAAUUUUAAAAUCGACGAAACACGUUUAGUAAGAAAGGUGGCAAAACUUGGACCCAUUUGUGUUGCCAUUGAUGCUUCCUGCGAAUCUUUCCAGUAUUACCGUCAAGGUGUCUACUAUGAACCAAAUUGCAAUCAACAGGGUGUAAAUCAUGCAGUGCUGUUGAUUGGAUAUGGCACAGAGCAGAAUGGACAAUAUUGGCUUGUUAAAAACAGCUGGGGAACAGCAUGGGGUGACAACGGUUACAUCAAAAUGUCAAGGAACCAAAAUAAUAAUUGCGGCAUAACCGAUUAUGUUGUAUUUCCAGUCGUGUGAGCGCUCCAACAGUCAGCCAGGGCUUCAGAAUUUGUGCUGAAGAAUUGUAGAAACUUCUGCUGUUGCUAAUCAGUCUAAAAGAAAUGAAAAUAGAUGGUCAGAGAAAUAACUGCUGCUUCUGCAUUUUUGUCAGUGUGGCAUUAAAGGUGAAUUACUUGUAUGUUGCUAAUUGCAACUUUGAAUGACAAUGUUAUACCAGUUUUGUCAAGGAAUAGGUUGUAAUGCUCAGUAAUUAAUAAAAGCUGUUGGCAAUCA